AUGCUGGUGCAGGUUCUGGCAGCAGCACGCAGCACUGCACAGCAGAUGGUCCGACCUUCCGCCACCUUUGUCUUUGUGGGACCGUUUUUGAUCAUGACCGGCAUCCUUAUCGCGUGUUUUGCUAUGCUGUUCAGUUUCAGCGCAGACUGCCGGACCUUUGCGCCCUCUGAGUGCUCACAGGAUGGGUACUCACGGUCAAGGAGUCAGCGGACACUUCAGACACCAUCUUCUCGGACGCAGGAUCCGCAUUUGGCUUUAAGCCAGCAAUCGCUUCCACCAAAGGAAGCUCUUCAAGGAGGCCGCACAAGCCAGGGGCAAGCGUCCGGCAUGCCAGCGAGCCGCAUGUCGUUAGCCUCUCAGGCUGGCUCCUCUCAGAGGGUGCCGCCCUUGCGGCUCUCUGCCAUCUCUGCUGCAGGACGACCAACAGGAGAAAUGUUUAUGGCUUCAGCAGCACCAUUGCAACCUCUGUUUCCAGCAUUGGUUCUUCCAGCGCGCGAAGGUCAGUUGGAGGUCAGCCUUGACGCUGUUCAGACAGUUCAAAAGACUGGUGCCGGCCGAUUUUUUGUGAUCGGGCCCCUGGGGAACAAGAUCCUUCACAUCACAGCUUGCGGGAGUGCCUUUGAUGUUCACAUGGCACAGCGAAGCAGCGAACUGGUGAGCAAGGUGUCUCUGAAGCCAGCACAGGACGCUUGCAGGAUCGACAUUUGCAGAGGUGACGGAGCAGUCUAUGGUAAAAUUGUUGAACAUGAGCAGCCACAGAAGAGCCAGGACGAGGUCUCCUUCUCUGUGGUUGUGACAAGCUCGUCCGGAAAGGCAGAGCGAGCGAUGCUCGUGGUCCAGGGAGAUCCAGAGAAAUUCCGUCUCGCUGCGAAGGCAGCAAGUGACGGGCAGCCAGUUGCCUCCAUUGAGCUGCAAGCUUACGGGGAAGAGCAUUUCCUGGACCUCAGGACGAGUCGUGGUGCAGACACUGCGCUCGUCGUGUCCAGUUUUUUGGGGAUCCUGCUGCUUCGGGAUCGACCCCGCAAUAGCGUCCCAAGGCCGCUGAUGAGCGGGGCAUAG